UAUCCGGUGUGAGCCGCCGAGCGAAAGAGGCGUUCCCACUAUGACGACUUCCGUUUCCAGCAAAUUCUCGGCUCGCCGAGACAACGCUCGCGCAGGGCCGUCCGGCAGAGACUUCUAGAAGCAACGUGUGUGCGACCACACCGGCGACCGGCGACGGCGAACGAGCGUUCUGUCCGUUUGAUUUAUUUGAGAAAUGGCCAAGUGGGGCGAAGGAGACCCUCGCUGGAUCGUGGAAGAGCGAGCAGACGCCACGAAUGUCAACAACUGGCACUGAGUUGCUGCAUUCCGGGAACCUGGGAACUUGCAGGUUCCAGAUGUAUUAAAAGUCACAACGCCAACAACUAGGGGCGCCCCAAAACACUGUACAAACAUCUCCACGUGAAGGACGGAACGAGACGCCACGAGCUGGUCGUCGGACAAGUUAAAAAGUCUUCUGCUGGGCCUGCGGGUGGAGAACGACGAGGGAAGCUGCGAGGUGACCGAGGUGAGCAAGGUGGAGGGCGAAGCGUCCAUCAACAACCGCAAAGGGAAACUCAUCUUCUUCUACGAGUGGAACCUUAAAGCAACCUGGACAGGAAUGUCAAAAGCAGGAAUCAAAUACCAAGGAUCCGUGGAGAUUCCUAAUCUGUCUGACGAGAACGAUAUGGACGAUCUGGAUAUUAGCGUCUCGCUGAACAAAGACGAACCAGAGACACCGCUGGUCCACCUGAUGAAGUCUAAAGGAGCCGAGAACAUCCGCCAGGCGCUGGGAAACUACGUGGGUUUCUUGAAAUCAGAGUUCACUCAGGGGAUGAUCCUGCCGACGGCCAACGGUGUGGUGCAGCUGCAGUCCUCUCAGUCCAAAGCAAAGACGGACAAAACUCGGAUUUCGUCGUCGUCGUCGAGCAGCGCGGCGGCGGUCAACACGGGCGUGAAGAUUCCCACGUGCAAGUUCACCAUGACUGAAACGUUCCUCACCAGCCCGGCAGACCUCUACAGAGUCUUCGUCAACCAGGAGAUGACUCAGGCCUUCACGCACGCGCCGGCCACGGUGGCCGGAGAGAAGGGGGGGAUGUUUCGACUGCUGGGCGGAAACGUUCUUGGCCAAUUCACGGAGCUGGUGCGAGAUCAGAAGAUCGUGAUGAAGUGGAGGUACAACAACUGGCCCUGUGAGCACUACGCGACGGUGACGCUGACGUUCGUGGACCGCAGCAGCGAGACAGAACUGCGCGUGGACUGUCGCGGCGUUCCCGACGACGACGAGGACUGGACCAAGGACGGCUGGCGCAGGUUUUACUUCGAGGCCAUCAAACAGACUUUCGGCUUCGGCGCGCGACUCUUCUGAGACCUCCUUUUUGUUUGUUGCUUUGCUUUUUGACUCAUCAUCAUCAUCAUCAUCAUCACCACCACCACGAUCGAUGACAUCUUGGCGUGAAGUCAGCGAGGACUGUUUGUUUGUGUCGUUCUCUUCCUUUAGUUUCGUCCCUCUUGAGUAUUUGUUGUUCAGAGGAACCUCACAAGAAGCACUCGGCCAAAUUGGCCUCCACUAAUGCAGCGCCGGUGCACGUUCAUCCUCAAAGCCUCGAGCGCGGCCAGUUCUGUAACGUCCCGGCAUUCGCGAAGGCGUCGCGCGGGGAGCCAGCGUUGGCAAGCGGAAACGAUGCCAUCGCACAGAACAGUUCCACCGCGGGGUUGAUCUAUUUAUACCUUUUCAUGCCGACGACGUGAUGUCAAUAAACCAAUCACUGCGUA